UGCCUCUGCCUAAAAUUCGCUUCUUUUUACAAACACUACACUGUUCACUCCUUUCCAAUUUCUCAAACAUUUCGCCUUUUUCAACUCAAAUCUCUGGAUCUGACCAAACCAAACCAAAUCAUAUCAAAAAUUAAAUCGUUUGUUUUUCACUGAAAUUACUCGUGUAUGUUCUGUGGAUAAUUCAAUAGUAGCAAGAAGGAAAACAAACAUGCCUUGGUUGAGUCGAUCAGUUGAUGUUUAUCGGAAUGUUGUGCGAUUGAACUUAUAUUGUAGAGUUAUUCUGUAAAUUAUAUUGCUCAACUUUCAUUUUCUGGCUGUUGGCUUGUCAUUCUUCACCACAUUAUUUAAUGGGUUCCAAAUGGUUUUCGUUGUGUUAGUCGUAGGAUUAGCUAAGAUAGUUGAAAAACAUAGUUAAAAUUGAAGCUCCGUUUGUUUCUCCCUUAAUUUUUUAUCAUCCUCAGUCUGUUAUCUAAUUCAAGGUCUCCGUUUUUGAUUUUUUCCUCGUUUUGUUUUCACUAAAAUUCAAAUCUUCGCCUUUGGAUCAAUCUUGUCAAUUUUUCUGCUUCCUGUAACUGAGUAUUUGUUCUGUGCUAUCACAUAUAUCUAAAUAUAUUGAGUGAAGGGUCAAAAGAAGUUAUGGUUUGCCAAGCGGCUGGUCAAACAAGAUUUCGAGCUUUGAAGUAUGAGAGUGGAAUUGCUGGAAAAUCAACCAUUGUAGUUAGAAUCAUUGAAUGUUAUCAACCAUUGCAGGAUUGCCAGACCGGCAAUUCUUGGCUUUCCUCACCACGUGAUACUGGGCAAUCGCCAGAUUUCAGUUCCGUAAGGACAUCAACUGAGCCUCUGCAACCAGGAUAUAUGUUAGCAUCCAUGAGUCCCAGUUCAUGCACAAAUAUGAUGAUGUCAGGGGUUGUGGAUUCAACUAUCCCAAGUUUGAGGGCACAUAAAAGCCAUGGAGCUCAAGGCUUGCCUCAAAGUACGCCCCCUCAUUUCCGUAACUCUCUACCCGCUGGGGAUCCAUAUCUCAAACAAAACGCAUCCAUGCUUUCUUAUGAGUUUGCUGGAAAUCCUGCACUUAAUGCAGUCCCUGGAUGUCAGCGGAAAUUUGUUAUCUUUGAUCACUCUGGGAAUGAAACAAGGUUAAUUUAUAGCUCAUUUUUAGCCAGUGCGGUGAAACCAAAUGUUGAUGCUAUAAAACCAAUUGGUGGUUCUUAUUUGCACCGUGAAGAACAUGCAGCUAAAAUAGACCGAAUAAAUUUGACUGUGCCGAAUUGGCAGGAAGUAUCAGAUGAGAAUCACUCAAGUGCCGAAGAAAGUGAGAUGCAUGAAGACACAGAAGAAAUUAAUGCCUUACUUUACUCGGACGAUGAUGAUUAUGAUGGUGAUAGUGAUGAUGAGGUAACUAGCACUGACCAUUCGCCCGCUCUCAUUACAAGCAGUGAGAAGCAAGAACAAGUUGAAGAAAUAACUGAGGAGGUUGCCGAUUCAGAUGGCCAAAACAAAAGGCAGAAAUUGCUUAGUGGUGUGUACAGAAGAUCAUCAACGGAAAACAAUAUUAAUUCGACGAAAGUGACCAGAGUUCAUGGAUAUGAUUAUGAUGAUUCAGAAUCUAGCUAUGCUAUUGGCUACAAUCGAGAUGAGUGUAGGUUUGCCAUUAUAGGCAACAAUAAAACAAAAAAGGAUAAGAUUCGUGCGACGGUGAAAUUUCUCGAGACCAUAAUCCCUGGUGCAAAGGACAAGGACCCGUUGUUGGUCCUUGAUGUUGCUAUAGGUUACUUGAAGUCUCUAAAGCUCAAAGCCAAAACACUUGGAGUGAACUACAGUUUAAACUUCAAUUCCUAGUUCCUUCUGCAAUAGUAUCGUAUGUUGGCUAGUGUGUGGAAAGAUGAAUAAGAAAUAAGUUGGUAACCCAAGAAUUCAUGGCUUGAAUGAUUGAUGGGUUUGAAAUCAUUAUAUUAGCUUUUCUGAUGUGGAGUUUGUUUUUGUUGACCAGAAAUGAUUAGCCUUUAGCUUUAUUAUGAAUUAAAGCUUAACAAAAGUCUCAAAGAUUAGAACGCAUGGGUUGAUUGCUGGUGCCUAGUGGUGAGCUCUGCUGUAAAAUGAGGACUUCUUUUUUAUUAAGUGCACGCUGGUUAGGUAAUUCUGGUCCCACAGCCCACCUUUUCUAUCUAUUUGCUUUCUUUGAUUUGAUGCAUUUGGUAUUAAUCUCUCUAUUAAAGUACCAAGAAAGUUUCAGAUGUGGAAGUUUUACUGCAGAGGAAAAAGCUUGGUUCUUUGCUAUGAUAUGAAUUAUUGGUCUCCACUCUUUGAUCAUGAAAUCUCUGCUACUUUAGCUAUGGUUGUACAGUCCAGUCUUUGGUGCCCAAUCUGAGUUUGUCAGCUUUAUGUGUGUUACUACUAGCUGUGAGUACCAAGUUGUGCAGGGGUGUGCAAAAACCGAACCAAACCGAAUUGAUAAAUUCUGUUUUUUCGAGUUGGUUCAAUUUUGGACCACCGAUAAAACCAAACUUAAUGAAAUAUUCAACGGAACCGACCGGUUUGGUUCUGUUUCGUUUGAUGUUUCUACAUCCUUGUAAGCUCUGUUUGGUUUGGUAUGAUUCGGUUCGAGCGUAAUGCGCACCCCUAGAGUGAUUUGAGUUGAAUAAUGUAUUUCAAAUUGUCUGUUCUUCUAUUUUGUUCUUGCUGUUGUCUUAUGUAUGAACUGUUUGUAUGUGUCUUUAUUGAGAAAUGGAACAUGGUGUGCUGUGAUUUUAUUAA